GAAACUACACAAGCCAUUUCCACCUGCGUAACGCUCCAGUGGUUGUGGCAUCUUCCCGGAGACACUGCAGCACUGACCGGUCCCCUCCCUCCUCCUCCUCCCCCACAUCUGCCCAUACACAAGCCGCCAGACACCGAGCUAUGGCCGCUAAUCCGGAGGAGCUGAGCGGAUGGAUGGAAGGGGAUGCGGCUCCGGAGGAUUGGGAAUCAGCAGGAGGCGCCUGGGGCUCCCUGGACCAGAGAAGGAGCAUCAAAGCUCAGCUGGCAGGGCAUCCACCGGUUGCCAUGGAGACAACGUCCACAGAUUAUACCAAUUCCAAGAAGUUUUCAUUGGAUGAUGAGGAAUCUUUAUACACAUCUCUGAAAUCAGAUGAACGUUAUAUGUCGCAGCCAGAGUCCUCCUACUUUACUGGCAUUCUGAAGAAAGGUGAUGGUGGCACAAGGUUGGAUGCAGAGGAAUUUGGAACCGCCUCCCGUUCUCCUCAAGACACACCCAUGUUUGAGGGUCGUGGUUUGCUCAGUUCAGAUUCAGGAAUUGAGAUGACACCCGCAGAAAGCAAGGAUGUGAUCAAAACUUUAUCUGACCCUUCAGAGGGCGAUAAAUUAGAAGCUUGCAAGUACAUCGACAUCAGCAGGUCUCCAGAUACAAAACCUCAGCAUUCUCCUGAAGAGGUUUACGACAGAAAGCAGAGCCCAGUAGGUUAUGACUUUGCUUUUAAGGAUCAUCAGCGUGAAGAUAUUUCAUAUUCACCAUAUAUGGAGGAACGCGAUGAUAAUGUUGGCUUAUAUAGCCACACAGCAACCGUAAAUACUAAGACCUCCCCUGUGAAAAUUACUCUUACUGGGACAGAAUCGUCUAUAGAAUGUGACUUUUUUGAAACUAGUUAUCAGGGGGUAUCAGAACUAGGCUUAAAACCAGGUGGUGACUCGGUUCCAACAGUAACGGUAUCAGAACCAGAAGAUGAUAGCCCCGAGUCCUUGACACCACCGUCCUUUCAUGGAGAUGGAUAUACAGAGCCAUCUGGCUCGGAGAAACAGAGUAAAUUCCACAUAUCUGAAGAUGAACUUAUCAGUGCUAUGAAAGCAAAAGAUGCAGCAAAAAGCUUUUCCUAUGAAUCAACUGAAGAACAGAAAGCUUCUAGUGUUUACUCUGAAAAAAUUGAUCAUAAGAGCAUGCCGGGGCUACCAGCUGUCCCUUCUUCGGCAGAUAAUGAGGCUUCGAGCGUGGAAUCUGGUGACUCUGAAAUAGAGCUUGUUUCCGAAGAUCAGCUGGCAGGAGAAGAGGCCAUGCAAUCUGCUUACAUGACAUUCAGCCACAUCAGUGGCCCGCCACCCUCACCUGCCUCCCCAUCCAUACAAUACAGUAUACUGAGGGAGGAACGUGAAGCUGAACUGGACAGUGAGCUCAUUAUUGAGUCAUGUGAUGGAUCUUCCGCUUCUGAAGAAAGCCCAAAGAGAGACCAAGACUCUCCUUUGAUGAGACCAAUGAUGGACAUUAUCGAAGAAGAAAAUGGUUCAAGAACUGAAAGCUUUGAUGCCUCAGACUUCGACUCUUGUAGCUCUACAGAGAGGAAGCUCAACAUGGAGAAUCUGGCAGAAUCAGCUGCUUAUAUAAAGGGCUCUUAUACUGCAGAAGGCCGGGCAGAUCUGCUAAUGAUCAAGAAAGAUGAAACCUUACACCAGAGAAAAGGUAUUGAAGCAUCAACCUGUCCAAGUAGAGCAUCCGGUCGGCUGGUCACAGAGAUGGCAUCCUCAACAGCAUUGCUAAGCAGGAAGAAAGGUAAUUACGGAUGGGAAGCGCAGAGUAAUAUCGCUAAUGAGGAUGUAGACAGUAAUACAAUCUUACUUCCUGUUGUGUCCCUAGGGAUGGGAAGCGCAGAGGAUGGGAAUAUCACUAAUGAGGAUGUAGACAGUAAUAAAAUCUUACUUCCUGUUGUGUCCCUAGAUAUGGGACUCCCCAGCCCUACAAGGAUGCAGGCCAGUGCAGACUCCACCAGGAUGGAAUGUUUCUGGAGCAACUGGAAAUGCCAGGCUAUUGACCUGUUAUACUGGCGGGAUGUGAAGCAGACGGGAAUUGUAUUUGGAAGUGUCCUUCUGAUGCUCUUCUCCCUGACCCAGUUCAGUGUGGUCAGUGUCAUCGCCUACCUAGCACUUGCUGCCCUCUCAGCCACAAUCAGCUUCAGAAUCUACAAAUCAGUUUUACAGGCUGUACAGAAGACCGAUGAAGGCCAUCCAUUUAAAAACUAUUUGGAUGUGGAGAUCUCCCUUUCCCAAGAACAGAUCCAGAAAUACACAGACUGCCUACAGGUGUACUUAAACAACAUAGUCCGAGAGCUCAGGAGACUUUUCCUGGUACAGGACCUGGUUGAUUCAUUAAAGUUUGCAGUACUAAUGUGGCUGCUGACAUAUGUCGGAGCUCUGUUUAAUGGACUUACACUCCUUAUUAUGGCUGUGGUGUCAAUGUUUUGUCUCCCAGCCGUUUAUGACAAGUAUCAGGCACAGAUUGACCAGUAUUUGGGACUUGUGAGGACAAACAUGAAUAUGAUUGUGGCAAAGAUCCAAGCCAAAAUUCCAGGUGCCAAACAGAAGGAGUAAAUAAACCUUCAAGUCAAUUCAACUCUUGGUAAAUUGUGUGGAGUCUAACGUGGAAACAGCUGUGUUCCUACACUUUACUUACAGAUCUAUUGCACCAUUCUCUUUUCAACACACCGUGUUCCUUGAAACAUCCAAAAAAAGAAAAAAACGUCAAGAAGCAGCUCUUCCAAAGCUACUUCUCUGCUCUUAGAAUACUUGCAAUCAGCCAUGUCAAGCACUACAGUAUAGUGAAGAGAUACAAAAAGUGUACUAGAUGUGUUUCUUUUAUGUGUUGCUUACAAGUGCAUGAUGUUGGAAGCCUAAGUAUUUUUUAUUUUCUAAUUUAUUAUAAUUUUUUAGUGUUUUUCUGCUAUUCUUGGCAGCGCUUCUAUAACUUAAUGUGACGUGCGGCUAGGGCUUUAUGCUUAGGGCACUGAUGCAAUAGUACUGACUUGCUUCAUUGUCUCUGGGCUUGCUGGUUGGAGUUCUUUCGAUGAUAUAAAUAUAUAUAUAAAUAUACGUAGAACUGUAGACUAAUGUUUCGUGUUUUCCAGCACAAGUGAAAUCCGUGUGCGGUACUUCUCUCCGUUUUUGUAUGAAAUAAAUUCGCAGUACUCCUGUUGUAAGGGAUUGGGGGGGAAAAAAUGACAGAUUUACAUGUAUGGUAUCUAGACCAGUUCAGCUUGUUCAGUUUAUUAAUUACGAUUUGUAUUUCAUUCUCUGUAGUUCCUAGAGAACUUAUGGACUCUGAUUAUUUGCACUUAUGAUGUACUUGACACUGAAUGCAUAAAUAAAACGUCACUAAAUGUAUAAGGUUCUUUUGUUGAGCUUGUACAAUUCUCUAUCCAACCACUUCACCACAGUGUCUGAUUGUUCUGAUGACAAAUGUGACCAUUAAAACCAGUUAAUUAUUGCACAGAAACAUAAGCACUGUAUCUAUCUGCUGGUUUCCUAAGCUAAAUACAAAUGGGAAUAAACUCUGAUUCUUGCCA